GUGGCUUGUUGUUGUAGCGUGUUAUAGAAAAAGAAAAAAAAAUCGCAAGUUUCGUGUGCCAAAAUUUCCACGAGGGGAGGGGGUGGCGAUAGUGGUUAUCGUGUCCCAAAUAUCGUCUAGGAAGGUCGGGGAAGUAGAUCACUUGUCGGCCGGUGUCUUGUCUAGUCUGGAGCCGGGUUCCUGGUGUGAUUUCUUGUACAUAACCUGUUUGUAUAUACUGUAAAUGAUGACGUCCAUGGGCGGAAACCGGGCCCGGGGCAACUGGGAACAGACGCAGCAAGGCCAGACGCAGGGUCAGACACAGCACAAGCAAAGGCCUCAGGCCACUGCAGAGCAGAUUCGACUUGCGCAGAUGAUUUCAGACCACAAUGAUGCAGACUUUGAGGAGAAGGUCAAACAGCUCAUUGACAUCACGGGCAAGGACCAGGAUGAGUCUAUGAUCGCACUGCACGACUGCAACGGGGACGUCAACAGAGCCAUCAAUGUGUUACUGGAGGGUAGCCCAGACACUGACUCGUGGGAGAUGGUGGGGAAGAAGAAAGGCGUUUCGGGCCAGAAGGAGGCCAGCCAGCCGGAGAGUGGUGAGGACGGGAAAGAGAACCGGGAGAAAACAGAGAAGGAUGUAGCACGUCGGCGAGGGGGAGCUCCUCGCAGGGGCCGUGGGGCAAUCAGAGGGCGAGAGUUCCGAGGUCAAGAGAACGGCUUGGAUGGGGGCAAGGCGGCAGUUGUAGGCCGGGGUGCGGAGCGAGGCCGGAGGGGGCGGGGACGAGGAAGAGGGACACUUGGAGUGUCGGGGCGGCGUGGAGGCCGAUUCUCAGCGCAGGGCAUGGGAACCUUCAACCCUGCCGACUAUGCCGAGCCAAGCCAGACAGACGAAAACUACUGCGGAGGCAGCACCUGGAACAACACAGGUGGCAUGGAGACAGAAGAAGGAGCUCGAUUGGAAUACGCUCCGGGAGAGGGAACGUCUUACCCACCUAAGUUUGAGUCCGCACCCGGUGCCUGGAGGACACCCACAGAGGAAUGGGGCACUGAGGACUGGAAUGAGGAUUUGUCAGAGACCAAGAUAUUCACAGCAUCCACCGUGGCGACCAUUCCACCACCGCAAGAGAAUGUCACCAUCACCAAAGGACAGAGGAUUGACCUCGCGGUGCUCUUGGGGAAGACUCCCCCGUCCUCCUCAUCUGAAACGGAACCCCAACUCAUGGAGUCCCCCCAGCCCUCCACCUUGCCCCAGUCGCUGGUUUUCAGCAACUCCAAGCAAGGACCCCCUAUCUCCCAAACCUCCUCCGGCACACCUUACACCCAGCACGGCAUGGCCAGCAUGCUGAACAAGAGUUUUGGGGAGGUAGUGGACCAGAAACCAGGUACUACCAGCGGGACCACUGGCUCCCAGUUCCUGGAGCAGUAUAAAACAGCCCAGGCGCUGGCUCAGCUAGCCGCCCAGCAUUCCCAAACUGCGGCCCCUAACUCCAACCCCCCGUCCUGGGACACUGGUGCCAACUCACGGGCACAAUACGAUAUGAAGACUCAACCAGAGUCGGCCAUUCACACGCCUUUCGCGAAGCGCCCGCCAUUCCAGGCCGUCACCACCACCACGUCGUCCAUGUUGGAAGUUUUCCUGCCUCCCGCCGCUGCCGCCUCCUCCGCUUCCUCCUUGCAGCCGCAAACGACGUCCUCGCCACACGCCGUGCCGCCGCCCGUCUCCUCACAUCCGAAAAUGGCAUCGGUCACGUCUCUGAGUCAGCAGGUUUCUCCGACUUCCUCGGGCGCACAGGGCUCCAGUCCUCUGCCUCUGCAGCAACACAAACUCAGACCGCAGAAGAAGAGGACCUCCAUUGCAACAAAGAUUCCGGCGAUGGCGGUGGAAAUGCCCGGCUCGACAGACAUCUCCGGACUUAACCUUCAGUUCGGAGCGCUGCAAUUCGGCUCGGAGCAGGCGCUGCCCGAGUACGACUCUGGAUCCUCCAACGUGGUGCCUGUCAACCCUAUGCAGAAUAGUCUCUAUGCCACCCCCAACAGUGAGUCAACUCCAGCUCUUUCCAACUCCAGCCAGAUGGACAUGUAUGAGCAGCGAGCGCCUCAGUCGCGACGUUAUCCUCCCUCCGUUUCCUCCUCCCCACAGAAGGACAUGCAGCCCAAGAAUGGCUUCAGUUCACUACAAGCGGCGCAGUCUAUGGAAGCUGCAGCGAGUUCUGCAGUACCGGUCAAGCCCACGUCGGACUCUGUGGCAGCACCUGCCCCAGUAGCCGGCAUGGGCACUUUGUCGGACGGCGGCUCGGGUCCGGCCUCCCUCCUGACGACGUCCAAUCAAGUGUCGCUUGUCGGCCUUGGGCAGGGCGAAGAGCUGCCGCCGAGCACCGUCCCACCUCCUCAACACAACAGUGCGCUCUCGUCACAGCAAAACAGCCUUGCUCCAUCGUCGGGUCGAACAUCCAACUCAAACUUAGUGCACCCAAACGUAGAUGGUGACUCCAGCCUCCAUUCCUCCUCAUUCCCCUCCGUCUCUGUGGUUUCGUCGUCGGUCCCUUCCUCAGCCGCGGCGGCGCAUGUGUCGCUAGGGGCCCCGGUCUCGGCCCCUGCCCCAUCUGGUCUCUGCCCAGUAAGCAACAUGUCCAUGGGCCUCAACACGGUGUCCAUGGGCGCGCAGGGCGUGGCCUCUCCCGCCGCUGCCUCGAUGUCCGCGGUGGCAGCAGCCUCCGCCGCUCCCUCCUCAGUGACUUCCUUGUCAUCGCGCAACUCUGCAGCAUCCUCAGGGAAAGUGCUUCCAAAUUUGCCCCCCGGAGUGUCCCCUCUGCUGCCCAAUCCUUACAUCAUGACCCCGGGACUACUGCAUCCCUACCCAACUCAGGUGUACGGCUAUGACGACCUGCAGAUGCUGCAGACAAGAAUACCGUUGGAUUAUUACAGCAUUCCCUUUGCAACCCCAACAACAGCACUGACUGGCAGAGAGGCCAGCUUGACCAACAACCCAUACUCUGGUGAUUUAUCCAAGUUCGGUCGAGGUGACGCGUCCUCGCCGGCCCCCGCCACCACAUUGGCACAGAAUCAGCAGCAGAACCAGACGCAGACGCACCACUCGACCCAGCAGCCUUUCCUCAACCCCGCGCUGCCGCCCGGUUACAGCUACACGAGCCUGCCCUACUACACCGGCAUGCCAGGCCUGCCCAACACCUUCCAAUACGGCCCUGCUAUGUUCCCGGUGGCUCCUACCUCGUCAAAGCAGCACGGAGUGAAUGUCGGUGCGUCGGCCACACCCUUCCAACAGGCUAGCGGCUAUGGUUCCCAUGGAUACAGCACUGGCUAUGAGGAUGUGGGCCAGGCUUCAGGGAGUGGGGAUUUCUGUAAGGGCGGAUACGGCAAUGCCGUGGCCGCCGCCGCCGCCGCUGCUGCCGCCGCCGCUGCCGCCGCCGCCGCCGCUGCUCAAAACAAGCCGGCCAACUCCGUCAGCGGGCCCGGAGUCGGCGUGUCCGUGACCUCAAGCAACACCGGGGUACCUGAUAUUUCGGGUUCUGUUUACACAAAGACACAGCAGUCAUUUGAGAAGCAGGGUUUCCACGCCGGCACUCCCACGGCAUCCUUCAGCCUCCCCUCGGCCCUGGGCAGCGGCGGCCCCAUCAACGCCCAGGCCGCAGCGGGCUAUGCCCCGGCCCCCUUCAUGCACAUCCUGGCGCCGCACCAGCAGCCCCACUCCCAGAUCCUACACCACCACCUGCAGCAGGACGCACAGAGCGGCGGUGGACAGCGCAAUCAGACUGCAUCCCUUCAGCAGAAGUCUCAGAUCAACAAGUCUGCGUACAAUAGCUACAGCUGGGGGGCAAACUAACAUCCAGCGUCGGAGCCCUGGACCCCCACCGUCCACUCACUCACAAACAGAAGCUGUGAGGGAAUGGGGAGGGCUCAUCUCCUGAAAACCAACUCCAUGUAGGUUUCCUCCUGCUGAGUUCCCCUCUGGCUGUUUUCCGUCUUCUCAUCCCUUUGCGAGGAUGUGCCAGAAUGAAUUCAGGAAGGGGCUAAAUGGUUGGAAAAACAUGACGUGACAUGUUGAGUGUUUGGGGAAUUUGUAUUGUUCAAUCCAGCACCAACCCUUUGAUUUACGUUGUAACAGAAUAAUUUCCUAAAGAGAACGUCUUUCCCGUAUGGUUCUUUAUGUUGCUGUUAUGCUCUCUAUCAGACCCCCCCCCCCCCCCCCCCCCCCCGCUUUUUUCCAUACUAAUUUGGAGGAAUGAAGUAAUGCGGGACGGUGGCGAUGGAGGGGUAGGGACCGCUUUUCUAUUCCACACCCCCUCUGCACAAACUAUUCAUUUGCUUGAUUGCUGUUUGGUUUCUCUUCCCCCCACAACCCCUAUUUUAUGUCCUUUUUAAGUUUGAAAAAACAAUUCUCUAAAUUUGUUAGAGUUGUGAAGUUUAUUUUUUACUAAAUAUAUAUAUAUAAAUAUAUAUAUAUAUAUAUAAGCGAGCUGGCUUGGAGUGAGGAUGUUUGUCAUGUGAUCGCGUGCAUGUUUGUACACAUAAAACCAGUAAGGGGGGGUAGGUUGUUUUGGGGUUUUUUGUUUUUUUUAUUAUUUCCUAGCACAGACUUUUCAUAGUGUAUAAAACAUGUACAGUAAAUGUUGCCAUCUAAAUAUGUUGUCACACAAGUUACUAAAUGACCCUUUCCAAGACCAAUCCGCACCUCAAUCUGCCUUCCAUAAAUGAUCCAGUUAAUGUCUUUCAGUUUGGGAGACCUCCAUGCGCCACCCCUUUCUGCACAUUUUAAAGGAAACCUUACAGCAUCCAAUACUGAUGGACAGAAUUGUACUUUUUGUUUUGUUUUUGUCAGUGAUUUAGUUUUCUUUUUGUACUGUGCAUUUUAAAAAAACAAACAAACAAAAAAACAAAUGUAAAUGGGAAAACGUGUCUUGUACAUAUAAACAAAAAAAGUACUGUA